UUCAACCGCUGGAUUGCCUCCGAAAUUCAUUACUUGCUAAAUUCUAGAAGUUUGUUACCACGCUUUUUGAAAAAACAAGAAAUUCUCUUCGUAUCUGCGAAAAUGGCUUCAAGAAACAGUAAACGUUCUUUGGAACCCUUUUUUGAUCAAUGUGAGGAUUCCGAUGUAUCUGUAAGAGAUUCUAAUGAUCAAUGUGAGGAUUUCCAUGCGCUUUUAAGAGAUUCUGAUGAUGAGUGCCUGAGUGAAACAUCUCAAAUAUUCAUCGAAAAUCCUAUUGACGGCAUUGAAAAUUAUUUUAGUGAUUCAGGAGAUGAACUCUUAAGUGAAACUUCGCAGAUAUUUUUGGAGAAUCCUUUGGUUUUGCCUCUUUACUAUCAAGUAGGCUCGGGAUAUGAGACUCAACCUUCUGCUCCAUCUAAAGGACCUGCAUAUGUGGAACAUGACAUUUCAGUAAAUAUGGAAAAUGCUAUUAUACUCAAAGAGAAGGCACGGCGUCGUAACCGAAAGUAUCAAGGCGAGGAAAUAACCUUCCAGGCACGUGUUGAUAUGAAUCGUCUGCCUCAAAAUAUUCGCAACAGGCCUCUUCUAGCCGUAACUGAAUCUGUUAGACAGCUGUUUGAAAUAUUAAUUCAACGGUCAACAGAAAAUCUAAGGCCGACAGAUUGGAUACGAAUGUGUAUCCAAGCCGAUGGAUUGGAUAAACCCAUGUCUACGAAAAUUAUUGCCGUAUCUUCCAUGACGGUGGAGACCGUAUUAUCGGUUAUUAUGAAAGUUCUGCAGUCAAAAGAUGAAAUUCGGCUGGAUUCAGGCUUCCUAGUAGAUGUGAUCACGAUUCGCAGGGAUAUCGGUGCAGGUAGAGCAAAGAUAAUCAACAUUCAAGUAGAUCGUCUUAAAAAACGCUCUGUCCUUUCCAUCCCGUCAGAUGAUGAAGGGUUGUGUUGCGCAAAAGCAAUCGUAUAUGCCCUAGCUUAUCUUGAGCAAGACAAGUCAGCGCUUAAUUCUCUACGGGAUCGGAGACGAUCUGUUCUAAUGCUACGAGCUCAAGAAUUACACAAGUGUGCUGGAGUUCCUCUUGGUCCUUGUACAUACACUGAAAUCUGCACAUUUGAAAAUCAUCUAAAUAUACAAAUCGUAGUAAUAAGCAGUGAAAAUUUAAAUAAAGUCUCGUAUAAAGGAAGAUAUCGAACUCGUCGCAUUAAUUUGUGGCAACACAAUGGCCAUUUUGAUGUCAUUACAAAUUUACACGGUUUUUAUGGUUCGAAAAACUAUUGCGAAAAUUGUGAAAAGCCAUAUGACCGUCCAGAAGAUCACAGGUGUGACAAUAUGUGCCAUGUCUGCCUAAGAUUUCAAUGCGUUCCAGCAUUGCCUAAAAGAUGUAAAGAUUGUGAUCGCCUCUGUCAAUCUGAGGACUGCUUUGCAGCGCAUAAAGCCGUCACAGGUAGACAAGAGCAUUCAGUAUGCGAUAGGAUGUAUCAGUGCAGACAAUGCUCAAAAGUUAUCAUGCGACGGCAGUGUCCUAAAAUUUUACAUCGUUGCGGGACUAUCAAAUGCCCUUCGUGUAAAGAGUAUGUUAUAGCGUCAGAACAUCAUUGUUUCUUACAACUCAUUUCUGCGAAAAGUCCAUCCGAUAAAUUAAUUUUCUUUGAUUUCGAAACUGACCAAUCAUCAGGGGAACACAUCGUAAACUUUGCUGUAGCGCAGUACAAAGAUGGCCAAGAGAAAAUAUUUAAAGGAUACGAAGCAUGUCAUGAAUUCUGCUCUUGGCUGUUUACAACAGUGCACAAAAAUUACACUGUUAUUGCACACAAUAUGAAGGGAUUUGACGGUCAGUUUAUAAUGGCAUGGCUUUUAGAACAGGGUACGGCACCUGAAGUAAUCCCUAAUGGCUCUAAAGUGAUGGUAAUCACCCAUACCGCCCUCAACAUAAAACUUAUUGAUUCUUUUAAUUUCCUGCCGAUGGCUCUCUCAAAGCUGCCUGCUUGUUUCGGCCUUACAGAACUAAAAAAAGGAUAUUUUCCGCACCUUUUCAACAAGAAAGAAAAUCAAAAUUAUGUGGGAUUUUUACCUGAGCCUAAGUACUACAAUCCUGAUUGUAUGACUAGUGCGGUGCGAACCUCCUUUUUGGAAUGGCAUAAAGAACACGAGAAGGAUAUAUUUGAUUUCCAAGAAGAAAUUCUCACGUAUUGCCGAUCAGAUGUUGAUAUCCUUCGUAGAUGUUGCGUUGAAUUUAGAAAUCAGUUUUUAGAAAUUACAGGAGUAGACCCCUUUUGUUACAUAACCAUUGCAUCAGCGUGUAUGGCGGUUUACAGAUCCCGACACAUAAUACCUAAUACCAUCGCAAUGAUACCUGUAGGAGGUUAUAUCAAUCGCACGAAUCAUAGUCCUGACUGUAUUCGUUGGCUUGAUUUUAUUGCCCAAAAAGAGAGCAUUGAAAUCGAACACGCUUUGAACGGAAAAGGAGAAAGACGAUUGGAUGGUAUAUCUGUAGACGGAUAUUGCAAAGAAACAAAUACUGUUUAUCAAUACUACGGAUGUUUCUUUCACGGUUGCUCCACCUGUUUUGACGGAGAUGCACUCCACCCCAUAACAAAAUUACCCAUGUCGACAUUGCGACAACAAACGGUAGACAAGACUUACCAGCUACGUGAUCGAGGGUAUAAUGUAAUUGAAAUGUGGGAGCAUGAGUUUGAGAUGAAAAAGAAAACAGAUGAAAAAGUAAAAUAUUUUCUUCUAAGUCACGAGCUUCAGGAUCGAUUGAAUCCUAAAGAUGCUUUCUUCGGCGGGCGGACAAAUGCCAUUCAGCUGUAUUAUGAGGGUGAUGCAAAGUAUGUGGAUUUCACUUCACUGUAUCCAUGGGUCAAUAAAUACUGUUUGUACCCCGUCGGACACCCUAAUAUUAUUACUGAAAAUUUUGAUGCCUUGGAAAACUAUUUCGGUAUUAUAAAGUGCCGAAUACUGCCUCCUCGAGGUUUAUACCUCCCCGUAUUGCCGUACAGAGCACAAAAUAAACUGAUGUUUCCCCUCUGCAAGACUUGUGCUGAAUUAAUGUAUCAAGGCAUUUGCCAGCACUCAGAUGAUGAGAGAGCCAUCAUUGGCACAUGGGUGACUGAAGAAGUCAAAUUAGCAGUGAAAAAAGGUUACUGUAUAACAAAGAUUUAUGAAGUGUACCAUUUUUCUCAAUUUACGGAUACUCUAUUUCAAUCUUAUAUCAACUUGUUUUUAAAAAUAAAACAAGAAAGCAGCGGCUGGCCAGCCGAUUGUGUAAGCUCGACCGAACGAAAACGCUACAUUGAAUUUGAGCGAAACACAAAAGAAAUAUUUUUUCUUUCCGAGAUGAUUUCAAGUACUGAAAAUUCUCGAUUUUUCUUUGAUCUCAAAAGAUUACUAAAAUUAAGCACGUUCUAUUGGACUUCAUUGCAAAUAAGCUGUAAUGUUCAUUCAGAUGCAUUCAUUUCAUUAUCUGAAUGA